UGAGCCCAAAUACAACCCAUGCAUAUGUUUAUGCAAGAAAUGGACUUGGGCCCAAAUACAAAGAGCCACGAGCCCACCUCCUUCUGACUGCAAAACGCUGUCGUUUUAUGAUCUGUCUGAAGUCCACUCUCCUCCGCUUCUCCGGUGUUCCCGGUGAAUGGGUGGAGAGGGUCUGCCAUGGCGUUCAAGAAGCUGGUCCCGGCAAGACCAAAGCCCAGUCCGGGCAAGACUUCCCAGCUCCUCCAGCCCUCUCCGCCGUCGGCGUCUCCGUCUCCCCUCCCACAUCUCACCAAUCUCCCCUCUCUCCCUCCGCUCCCGACCCUAACCCUCUCCCCUGCCCGUCAUUCCUCCCAGCUGACGGCCUUCCUCGCCGCCCAUCUCCGCCUCCCCCUCACACCGCCGGCCCUCCUUCACUUCCUCAAGGCCAAGCUCCACCACCAUCCCAACUUCACCCUCUAUGACUUCCACAUCUUCAACUGGGCCUCCAAGCUCGACUCCUUCCGCCAUGACCACUCCACUUUCGAGUGGAUGGCUCGGACACUUUCCGUCUCCAAUCGCCUCGACGACCUCAGCUCCCUCCUCCAAUUCAUGUCCUCGAACCCCUGUCCCUGCUCUGACGGCAUCUUCUCCUGCCCGAGGGCCGAGCCCAUCUUCCGCUUCGCGAUCGAAUCGUAUUGCAGAGCUGGGAGGUUGAAGGACGCGGAAACUGCAUUUGAGGCCAUGAGGAAGUCCAUCGAUGGGAGGCCGAGUGUCGGUUCUUAUAAUUCCUUCAUCCACGGGCUCGUCAAGUCCAGGGAGCUCGAGAAGGCCCUGUCUUUAUACGCCAGUAUGGUUCGGGAUCGGGUUAAGCCUGAUGUGAUCACAUUUAACAUCUUGAUUAGUGGGUAUUGUAGGACAUCGCGAUUCAAGUCGGCUUUGGAGGUGUUUAGGGAGAUGAAGGACAAGGGCUGUGUCCCCAAUGUCGUUAGUUUUAAUACUCUGAUAAGAGGGUUCUUCAGGGAGAGGAAGUUCGAGGAAGGGGUCGCUAUGGCUUAUGAAAUGACUGAAUUGGGAUGUGAUUUCUCCUGCGUGACCUGCGAGAUUUUGGUUGAUGGGUUAUGCAGAGUAGGUAAGGUAGAUCAGGCAACUGAGCUAAUACUGGAUUUUGCCCGUAAAGGAGUGCUGCCGAAAGGGUAUGAUUACUUCGGUCUUGUGGAGAAGUUAUGCAGCUCUGGAAAUGCCACUAGAGCUCUCGAAAUUGUUAUCAACCUAUGGGAGAUGGGGAAUGCUCCGAGCUUGAUUGCUUGUACUACUAUGGUUGAAGGCCUGAGGAGGGCGAGGAAGAUAGAGGAAGCGCUUGGUUUGAUGGAGAUGAUGCUGAAGGAAGCUAUUAUUCCAGAUUCUGUGACAUUCAAUUGCUUGCUCGAGGAUGUCUGUGAGAUCGAGAAGACGGUGGAAGCCAAUAAGCUGAGGUUGUUGGCCCAGAGAAAGGGCUUGGAAGCAGAUGAAGUGACAUAUAGGAUAUUGGUUUAUGGAUGUAUAAGAGAUAAGAAGCGGGAGGAGGGAAAGAUUUUGGUGGAUGAUAUGUUGGAUAAGGGGUUUAUACCAGACCUCAUGACCUACAACAGGUUCAUGGAAAAGCUUUCAUAAACUCGUUUCUCGUUUGCGAAGAUGAAUUGGUAGUUUUUUGUAUUCUGAGAACACAGUUGGUUCUCCCAAAAUUUUGUAAUGUAUUGUGCAUUUCAGUGAAUAAUAUUUGAUUGAUGGAAUGCAAUGUUGCCUUGAAA